UGGAUAUACGCAUGAUGUGGCCUUUACUUGUAUCUUAUGUUGAUCAAUGUGCCGCAGACGACAACAAUACGGACACACGUUUCCAAAAUGGAAGAUGACGAUGAUAUAGAUCCUAAAUGGGAAAAAUUAGCGGAGAAAAAGGAAGAACAGGCCUGCACUAAAGAAGAGUAUGCCGUGGCGAAAUACCUCCGCUUCAACGCUCCCGCUCACACAGGCAAACUGGCUGGAAUGACUGUGAAGUGUUUCAUAGCUUCUCAGGCCAUCGAUUGUCUGUUAGAUUCCAAAUGGGCUAAAGGGAAGGCUAAUCCAGAUUCAGACAUUAUCUUCACAGACAGAAAGAGUGUUGCACAGUUUUUAAAUAGAUAUAUCCAGAAAGGGUUGUUUCACAGAGCAGACAAGGUGGAAUCUAGAAGAGAGAAAGAAAGGAAGAAAAAGAAGAAGGAAGAGGAAGAAAAAGCUAAGAAAAGUACGAAAAAAGUAGGUAAAACAGAGAAGACAGAAAAGACGGAGGAAGAAAAGACUGAAAAAGUAGAAGAAAAGAAAGUAGUGGACAAGAAGACAAGCAAUGCAGUAAAGUUGAAGAAGUUCAAGUUGAACAUGAGUGAGGACCAGAGAGUAGUUGAUGGUAGCUCUAUAUAUGUAUGGAUUUAUGACCCCAUUCACCCGAAAACAUUCUUCAUUGGAUUUCUGAUGUUGAUUGGUGCCAUUGCUCUCUGCCUGUUUCCAUUAUGGCCGGACUGGAUGAGGAUCGCUGUCUACUAUGCCAGCUUGGCUGGGGCCAGUUUUGUGGGCUUCAUGCUGGUCCUUAUUGUGUUACGAGUCAUCAUAUUUUCAAUCAUCUGGACACUAACUCUUGGAAAGCAUCAUUUGUGGAUCUUCCCAAAUUUAACUGAGGACGUCGGAGUGUUAGAGUCCUUCAAACCACUGUACAAACACGACAAAUACCCACCCCCAGAGAUUGAGGAAGAAAUGAAGAAGGAAAAGAAGAAAAAGGAGGAAGACGAAGUAAAGGAGGAAGAAGAAGUAUCGGAAAAUGAGGAGGAAGAGGAGGAAAAAAAUGAGGAUUUUGAAAUGGUUGAGGAUAAAAAUGAAAACACAAAUGAUGAAGAUCGGACAGGUGAGAGUGCGGAAGACUGAAGGGCUUGAAAAGUGUUCUGUGUCUCAAUAGGCCCACAGAGUGUGACCAUUUGUAGAUCUAUCUCUUAUGUAAAUUAUUUGUAUUUAUGAAUUAUAAUUUCUUUACAUAAAUGUAUUAAAAAGAUUGUUAACUGAAAUAACCCAAAUGUAAAUAAAUUCGGUCAAUAAUGUUUAAUUUUAAACCGGUACGCUGAGUAUAUAAGAAAAUAAUAAGUCAUGUACUCUUGAAAAUGCUAUCAUUUUAUUUGGAAAAUCAAUUAUUUAUGAAUGCAUUUGUCUGGUUUUAGUUUUCAGAACAGAGAAAAUGGUAUACUAAAUGUACACACAAUUAAUUAAUAUUUGCAGAUUGUUAUUUGAGGUCCUAUGGUUAUUUGUUUUCCUAAACUACUAGUACAUUGCCUAGAGUAUGAUUAUUUUAUAAAGUUAUUUUUUGUCUAGCAUUGCCAAAACAGUAUUGAUAACAUAUGUUAAUCUUAAUUUCUUAUUUCUAACAAAUGAAUGUGUUGAACAUAAUGUCCAAUAGCGUCUGUUGUAAAAAUACAUAUUUAAAAAUUAGUUUUGAAACAUGAAAUAUGUAUGCUUAAUACACACUAAUACUGAUAAUUUAAUAAACAAUAAUAAGCAAAUUAAUGUUUGAUUCCAGAUCUUGAUAAAUAUCUGUUAUGUAUUUCUCAGAAAAGAUUAAAUGUAAAGAUUUAAAUGUUAGUAUAUUUUUUUUACAAUUACAAAAUCCUUGUUCUUGAUUAUUGUUUUAACCAUAAAUAUACAGCAACACGGGUGAGCAAUGUUGGCAAAUUCAGAGUUGUACAUUUCCCUAUUUAUUAUUGGAAUGUGGCAAUUAGUGGUGCAUUUGAUGUACAUGUUAUAGUUUUGUUUGCAUAUUCAACACAUUAUCUAUUAUUGAAUGAAAAUAUUAAAUUUAUUAUUACUGUAUUAUUGAAUUAAAUUUUAUGAAAGGCGUUAGAAAAAAUUCUUUACAAAAAAAUAAUGCAAGGUGAGAGUGCGUAAGACUCAAAGGCUUGAAAAGUUUUCAGUGUCCCAGUACGUGCACAAAGUGUUACCAUUUGUAGAUCUAUCUCUUAUGUAACUUAUUUGUAUUUAUAAAUUUUAAGUUCUUUAUGUAAAUGUGGUAAAAUGAUUGUAAACUCAAAUAACCCCAAUGUAAACAACUUGUAUUAAUAAUGUUUAAUUUUAAACCGGUACGCAGAGUAUAUAAGAAAAUAAUAAGUACUCUUGAAAAUGCAAUCGUUUUGUUUGGCAAAACACUUUUCCAUUCAUGCAUUUGUCUGGUUUUUGUUUUCAGUACAGAGAAAAUGGUAUACUAAAUGUACACACAAUUAAUUAAUAUUUGCAGAUUGCUUUUAUUUGCAGUAAACUUAUGGUUAUUUGUUUUCCUAAACAACUCGUAUAUAUAUUUUUUACAAUUACAAAAUCCUUGUUCUUGAUUAUUGUUUUAAACAUAAAUAAACUGCAACAUGGGCAUGCAAUGUUGGCAAAUUUCAGAGUUGUACAUUUCCCAAUUUAUUAUGGAAUGUGGCAAUUAGUGGUGUAUUGGAUGUACAUUUAAUAGUUUUUUUGCAUAUUCAACACAUUAUCUAUUAGUUAAUAAAAAUAUGAAUGUUUUUUAGUGUAUUAUUGAAUUAAAUUUUAUGAAAGGCUUUGAAAAAAUUCUGUACAACAAUAAUGCAAUUAUGCUUUCAUUAUUUGGUGUUUUCUGGUUCUAAAUUAAAACACUUAUUUUUAUGCUCCUGAAGAGUGAUAUUUUUAUGCUCAUGAAGAGAGAUCAGGAAAAGUGAUCACAUCAGCUAUGUGGCUGUCCAUCCUGCCUCUUGUGUCAACUGAAUAAAACCAAUUUGUUGAAGGGACUUAAAUGUUACUUUGUAUCAGACGCAUCAUGCAAAAACGGCUCAGUCACACAGAUUGGUCGGAGCUACCCUGUUCACUGAUGAGACCACAUAAAACUGGUUGGUCUGGAGCUACGCGGGACAAAUAUUGCAUGAUGGGGCUUAUGAUAUGAUUUUUUGUACACAGUUGUUUUAAUUCAACUUCUAUCAGUGUGCAUAUUUGGCAAUAAGUUUAGGUCAUAACACAUCUGUAGAGGCAUUAUACUGUUCAGUUGUGUAAGGAAUAUUUGCUCGAGUCCAUUUACUUGAAUUAAUUUAACCCUUUUUCACUCAGAAAGGCACGUUAACGGAUUUAGAGUCCUUUAGAAAAUCAAAUUUAAUUAAAGUCUUUUCUUACUAUAUUGAUGUUUUAAAGGCAUCAUUUCCAACCCUAAGAUACAGGGGUCCGUCUUAUCAAAGAUCGUUCAACAAUCUUAACUUAUGAUUGAAAUUUGUAAUUUUAAAAUAUAAGUGAUUAUGAUAUGUUUGUUUAAAAUAUAAAGGAUAUUUGACAGCUACUUUGCAAAUGAAUGGAAAUGCUCAACAAAAGUAAUUAUAAAUGUUACUGUUACAUAUGUAUGGCGCUUUGAAAAUUGCAUCGUAAGGUGAGAAUGGCGUACGAUGUUUGAUAAAACGGGCCCCUGAUGAGUAGCAAACAGCAUAAAACGUGAACAGUCUGCGAGUUACACAUUUAAAGUUUAUAUAUUUGUUUCAUAUUCAUUUUGCAUAUUUGUUUAUUUCGUCAAAGUGCUUUGUGUUAUACAAAUGUUUUUGUAGUUCAAAUGAAUAAUUGUUAGAUUUUUUUUGUAAAUUACUGGUUAUUUUUAUAAAGCAUGAAGGAUUUUGCAUUUUUGCUUUAUAAACAUGUUAAGUAUGAUAAAAGUUUGAAUUUUA